GUGUCAUAAUACAAGAGAGUGGCAUAGAGAUGUUAUUAGGAAAAUUAAGACAUUAAAUGCGGAAAAAGGGUUUUGUGUUUCAGUUAUGAUUGAUACUGAAGGCAGUCAGAUUCAUGUUGUUGAUCAUGGAGCUCCUUCCUCUCUUAAAGCAGAGGAAGGUUCAGUUUGGGUAUUUACAGCUCAAAAUUUUGAGGGUUCACGUCCAUUCACUGUCCGGGCAAACUAUGAAGGUUUCUCUGAAGGCAUUAUGGUGGGUGACGAACUGAUUAUUGAUGGAGGAAUGGCAAGUUUUCAAGUUGUUGAGAGGAUGGGAAAUGAUUUGCGUUGUAAGUGCACAGAUCCUGGUUUACUCUUACCUCGAGCCAAAUUGAGCUUUUGGAGGAAUGGGAAGCUUUCCUAUCAGGGUCUCCCAACUAUAUCAGAAAAGGACUGGGAAGACAUUGCUUUCGGAAUUUCUGAAGGUGUUGAUUUUAUUGCUGUAUCAUUUGUAAAUGAUGCUGACUCUGUCAAAGAUCUGAAGAACUAUCUCUCGACCAAGAAAUCAGAAUCAGUAAGAGUAUUAGCUAAGAUUGAGAGCUUGGAGUCUCUUCAGAAAUUGGAAGAAAUUGUUAAGGUCUCUGAUGGAAUCAUGGUCGCUCGUGGUGACCUAGGAGUAGAAGUCCCACUUGAACAGAUUCCAGCAGUUCAAGAGGAUAUAACUGAUAUUUGCAGGAAGCUGAACAAGCCAGUGAUCAUAGCUUCUCAACUUCUUGAAUCAAUGGUUGAAUAUCCAACCCCAACACGUGCUGAGGUUGCAGAUGUAUCUGAAGUGGUUCGUCAACAUGCUGAUGCGAUGAUGCUUUCUGGUGAGUCAGCUAUUGGACCAUAUGGAGAGAAAGCUCUUUCUGUCUUGCGGAUGGUCAGUAAUCGAAUGGAACUACAGAGUCGUGAGGAAAACUAUCAAAGUGCAAUCAAUCAACAUUAUCUUGGAGUUUCAUUGCCGGAUCACAUAUCUGAAGAGAUAUGCAAUUCUGCUGUUCAAAUGGCUAAUAAGCUUGGUAUAGAUGCUAUAUUUGUCUACACAAGGCAUGGAGAGAUGGCAUCGCUGCUUUCACGCAACCGUCCAAACCCUCCAAUUUUUGCAUUUACAGAUGACAAUGAUGCUCGAAUGGCAUUGAAUUUGCAGUGGGGAGUUAUCCCCAUCCUUGUUGAUUUAUCAGAUGACAUGGAAGCCAACAUAUCAAAAACUAUUGCUCUUAUAAAAAUAAAAGGCAUGAUUAAUGAUGGAAAAUCUGUUUUGAUAGUCUCGGAUCUCUCUCCAUCCAACGCCCGAGCUUCCUUCCAGUCGAUCCAGGUGAAGACCAUUGAGUAGAGAAAUAUUCAUCUUCAAAAUGCGCUCGCUGCUCAGUGAUACAAGGGAAGGUAAAAGCAAUGAUGACGGAAUCCUUCCAAGGCAGAAGCUUUCAUACUUUCAGUGGAAGUGAUUCUUUUUGGCUUUAUCUUGUGUCUGCAAAUUGUCAAAUUAAUACACAGACAAACUAUCUCUGUCUUGCAUAGACAGCAAAAAUCGCCUUAGCUUAGCUGCAGAGUGUUGAACAGACUUUGAGGAUUGUUUGAUUUACUUGCAUUUUGUUAAUUUCAAUUAAUAAAUGGAAAAAAAAGGUGUGUUUUUACAUUAGCACGAUUAGUUCUCCUGUAAAA